UUGUGACAGAGUAGGACCCGGAGGCCGCCGAGUUUCCUAAAGAAAUCCAGAGGCAAAAAUGAAGACCCUUCCCAGACACACGGGAACCACAGCAGCCUGAGCAGCAGUGUUCCACAUUCUGGGGUUCUGGAGACCAGGGUGGCCCUGGAUAAGAAUGGCCAUUGUUGGAUGACGUGGUGACCUGAAUUUUCAGGGAAGACGUUCCACCAGAGCUGGAGUUUAAUCUCCCAGCCCUGCGAGCUCUGAGAAAAACUUGUUGGUGGAGCCACACUCACAGGCUUCAAGCUUGCUGGCCAGUUGAAGUUACCUUGUCCUCUGCUGGCUUCAGGCUCUGCUCUCUCUUGGCUGCAUCUGGGGCCAAACUUCCCUGUGGGAGGCUGAGUCAGCAGAUUGCCUUCUCCAGCAGUCCUGGAGGAACCUGAAUGUUUAUAGGCAUUAAAGCCUGUAUUCAGCUGAAGCAGAACACCGAAGCCCUUUUGCAUUUCUUGGGUUCAAGAGCAAGACCAGAGGCAAUAACAUGAUGCCAUGGCUAAGAGGACGAGUCCUCAAGGUGCUGAGAAGUGCGCGGGGAUUCUGUGGGCCUCAUGGACAACCACCACCUCUACUUGACCCUCAGGACAUUGUGGCUACCUGGGAAGCAAUCAGCCUGGGGAGGCAGCCAGUGCCUGAGUACUUCAACUUUGCUCACGAUGUACUGGACAUGUGGAGCCAGCUAGAAAAGGCUGGACACAGGCCCCCGAUCCCUGCAUUCUGGUGGGUCAGUGGCGCGGGAGCAGAAGUCAAGUGGAACUUUGAGCAGCUGGGGCAGCAGUCCAGGAGGGCAGCGAAUGUGCUGAGGGACACGUGUAGCCUUCAGCCUGGGGACAGGAUGAUGCUGGUGCUCCCGCGGCUCCCGGAAUGGUGGCUGGUCAGCGUGGCAUGUAUACGGACAGGGGCUGUCAUGAUUCCGGGUGUCUCUCAGCUGACGGAGAAGGACCUCAAAUACAGGCUGCAGGCAUCCAGGGCCAAGUCCAUUAUAACCAGUGACUCCCUGGCUCCGCGGGUUGACGCCAUUAGUGCUGACUGCCCCUCCCUUCAGACCAAGCUACUGGUGUCAGACAGCAGUCGGCCAGGCUGGAUGAACUUCAGGGAACUCCUCCGCGAGGCAUCCACAGAGCACAACUGUGUGAGGACCAAGAGUCAAGACCCACUGGCCAUCUACUUCACAAGUGGCACUACUGGGGCCCCCAAGAUGGUUGAGCACUCCCAGGCCAGCUAUGGACUGGGUUUUGUGGCCAGUGGAAGGCGUUGGGUGGACUUGACCAAAUCAGACAUCUUCUGGAACACCUCAGACACGGGCUGGGUGAAGGCAGCCUGGACCCUCUUCUCUGCCUGGCCUAAUGGAUCUUGCAUUUUUGUGCAUGAACUGCCCCGAGUUGAUGCCAAGGUUAUUCUGAAUACUCUCUCCAGUUUCCCGAUUACCACCCUCUGCUGUGUCCCCACCAUCUUCCGGUUGCUUGUACAGGAGGAUCUGACCAGGUACCAGUUUCAGAGCCUGAGGCACUGUCUGACCGGAGGAGAGGCCCUGAAUCCUGACGUGAGAGAGAAAUGGAAGAGCCAAGUGGGCCUGGAGCUGCAUGAAGGCUACGGCCAGUCUGAAACAGUUGUAAUCUGUGCCAAUUCAAAAGGCAUGAAAAUCAAAUCUGGAUCCAUGGGGAAAGCGUCCCCACCUUAUGAUGUGCAGAUUGUGGAUGAUGAGGGCAACAUCCUGUCUCCGGGAGAAGAGGGAAAUGUUGCUGUCCGAGUCAGGCCUGUCCAGCCCUUCUGUUUCUUCAGUUGCUAUUUGGACAAUCCUGAGAAGACAGAGGCAUCAGAACGAGGGGACUUUUACAUCACAGGGGACCGAGCCCACAAGGACAAGGAUGGCUACUUUUGGUUCAUGGGACGAAAUGACGAUGUGAUCAAUUCCUCAAGCUACCGGAUUGGGCCUGUUGAAGUGGAAAGUGCCCUUGCUGAGCACCCAGCUGUCCUGGAGGCUGCUGUGGUCAGCAGUCCAGACCCCAUCAGAGGGGAGGUGGUGAAGGCUUUUAUAGUCCUUUCUCCAACUUACUCCUCUCAAGAUCCAGAGAAACUAACUCGGGAGCUCCAGGAGCAUGUGAAGAGGGUGACUGCUCCAUACAAGUACCCCAGGAAGGUGACCUUUGUUUCAGAACUGCCCAAGACGGUUUCUGGAAAGAUCCAAAGGAGUAAAUUGAGAAGCCAAGAGUGGGGGGAGACGAGAGGCAGCCCACGAAAGGCCCCAUAGGCCUCAGAAGCUUCUAAGAGGAGCUGGUGCGAUCACUGGUCAGUCCUUGUUUGGAGCAUCAUCCCUUCCACCUUACAGUAUCAGAGGCUUUCAGUUCCAAAUGGGCAUCUCCAGAAUCAUUGGAGGAAACUGGAAGACCCUGGAGGAAGAGAACAGAAGAACAUCACUAACCCAGAGUGCACAUCCACCACCAGUCUAGUGGCGGUGUUUGGUGGUUUGACUUCCCCCUCCUCUGUCUGGAGGCAUCCUCAGCAGCCGCCCACUGGUCUUCCUUCCAGCCGGCUCUCUGAAGGACAGGUCAUCACAGAGUCAGGGCACCUGUGAUCUCAUUCACUGCCCGUUGGAGUAUAACCACUCGACCCUUUUGAUAAAGCCAUUUGGUAAUCACAUCCAGGGUCAUAAAAAAUUGGUCAUAUCCUUUAGCUCAGAAAUUCUGUUUAGCAGUCAUUAUAAAAGAAAGGAGUCAGGGGUGCCUGGGCGGCUCAGUUGGUGAAGCGUCCAAAUCUUGGUUUCAGCUCAGGUCAUGAUUUCACGGUUCAUGAGAUAGAGACCCACGCUGGGCUCUGUGCUGACAGCUCGGAGCCUGCUUGGGAUUCUCUCUGUCUCUCUCUCUCUGUGCCCCUCCCCUGCUCAUAUUCUGUCUCAAAAUAAAUAAAUAAACUUAGGGAGAAAAAAAAAGGAAGGAAUUCAAAGGACAUUUCUGGAGCAUUGUGUUAAAACUGAAAAAAAUUGGAAAAUUCAAUGUCCAACCAAUAAGGCAAUGAUUAACUCAAGUGUAAUAGAUUAACUCAAUAAAUAUUGAGGCUUUAAAAAAUAUGCCUUGGGGAAAACUUGAGCUAAAUUAAUUUUAAAUCAGAAUAAAAACAGUAUAUGUAUAGUGGAGAACCAAAACUUUGAAAGGGAAAGGGAAAACUAUGGAAAAAUGCCUGAAAGGAAGUACUUGUGCUAAGAGCAAUAUUCCUGGGGAUUGAAAAUAGUGGACGAUAGUUCUUUCCUUUC